AUGGCGGCCGGCGCGGCGCGGCGCGCACCGAUGCACGCCGCCAAAUCCCAUCGCCGUCCUCGGUCCUCCCCGUUCUCCUGCUCCAUCCCCGUCCUCCCCGUUCUCCUGCUCUCCAUCCCUCCUGCUCCAUCCCCGUCCUCCCCGUUCUCCUGCUCUCCAUCCCCGUCCUCCCCGUCUCGAACGGCGGCCGCCGCUGGUGCUCGGCUGCUCGCAGAGUCGCAGGGCGGGGCGCCGCCGCGCCUGGGCGGCGGGCUCGGGGCCUCGGGACACGACGAGGGCGCUCCGCGGCUCCGGCGCUGGACUCCGCACGACAGCAGCACUGCAGCAGACGCACCCGCACGGCCACACCCGCCCCCAUCGUCGACCCUUCAUCUUCGACAGCAACAGCGCCAUCUCCCAUCUACCAUGGCUAAUGAUAGACAUGGGGCUUGUGUGGAUAUGAAGGAACAAGUGAUCGUCUUAAGACAAUUUGGAACAACAGAGGGCAUGGAAAACCUGCUACCUGAAGAUGUACUCACCAACAUCAUUCGCCGUCUUGCACCACGCUAUGUUGCUAUAUCCCGUUGCGUCUGCAAGACCUGGUGUGCCAUCAUUGAUGCCCGCAACCUUCUGUGUGCGGACCUCCUCCCACGCUCGGUGCGUGGAAUAUUCAUUAACUUCAAUGAGUUAAGCAUGUCAGAAUUCUUCUCCCGCCCCUCAAAAGGCCGAACGGUAUCUGGCAACUUUAACUAUUUGCCUCUCGGGUCCCGCAUCAUAGGCCACUGCAAUGGGCUUCUCUUGUUCUGCAACUAUGUGGUUAACCCAGCCACACGGCAGUCAGCUCCACUGCCCCCAUGCACAAGCCCAAAUAUUGUCAUAGAGCACUUUUUCCGCAGGGAUUACCUUGUAUUUGACCCCCAAUUGUCACCACAUUAUGAGGUAUUCAUGAUCCCUCGGGUCCGAUGCUAUGGGAGGUAUGAAAUGUUGAAUUCUGAUGAUGAAUUAAACCCUGCAAUGGAGGGAUUAGAAUGGCCACCAUCGCCUUGGACCCUGAAUGUGUUCUCAUCAAGGACAAAGGUGUGGGAGGAGAGGUCGUUUGUUCGAGAAGGGGAGGCUGCAGGGAAUGUUGCUGACAGGCGGUUGGAUCGUUCAUGUGUUCAGGACAAUUCUGUCUAUUGGCGGGGAGUACUUUAUGUAAAUUGCCAAACCAAGUUUGUUAUGAGAAUAUCAUUGUCAAAUGGAAAGUACCAAGUAAUCAAGCCACCUGUAUAUUUUGAAAGGAUGGAAUGCACAGAUCUUUAUCUGGGAAAAACAGUGAAAGGAGUGCACUGUGCUUUGUAUGGCUUUCCAUCCAGUAUUUGGAUUUAUAUUCUUGAUGAAUCGAGUGGAAGAACAGAGUGGGUAUUCAAGCAUUCCUGUGAUAUUCAGCCAUAUCAAAGAAUCGAUGGGCGUGGACCCUGGACUUUACAAGAUAUUAACAGUCGGGACUGGUCCAAUGAAUUUGAAGAUGGUAACGAUGAGGCAAUAGUACAGGAGAAGUUCGAAUGGGACUCGGACAAUGAUAAUGUUAUUGACACCAUAAGCAGGGGCAAUCAUCUCUCUCGUCGUUAUAUUACUUUUCUUGGAUUUCACCCUUACAAGGAGGUUGUCUUCUUGAGUGACACAUUGAGACGAGGAUUGGUGUACCACUUAAAUAGCUCAAAGAUUCAAGACUUGGGCGAUAUCAAUCCAACACAUUAUGGAACAGAGGAUGGUAUUCAGCCAUUUAUACAAGCAUCUUUUCCAUACACACCCUGGACGGGAGUGUUUCCGGAAGACAAUUAA